ACAAAAUAUAGAUCUCUUUAUGCUUAUUAUUUACAUCUAGUGAUGUUGACAUUGAACUUAUGUGUCAUUGGUAUCUUUUUUUUUUUACUAAAGUAAUGAGCGUUAGCUUCAAUGCUUACUAAAACCAACAAUGAAACACAUUAUUUUGAUUGGCAUUCUUGUUCAAUCCUAUUCAUUUGAGCUUCAAAGUUUUUUGAAUAAUUCUCAGACUCCUAUGAAGGAUCCGGAAUGGAGAAGAUUUAAAAUAAAGUUUGGAAAAUUUUAUAGCAGCAAUAUUGAAGAAACAUCAAAAUAUUUGAAUUGGAAAAUAAACAAUGAAAAAAUAAAAAAUCAUAAUUCCGAAAACCGUUUUUUCAAAAUAGGAAUGAAUCAGUUUUCAGAUCUGACUCAUGAAGAAUUUAUAAAGAUUUAUGGUGGAUGUUUCAAACUUCCAAAAAGUUUUAUAAAUAUUACAAAAGGAUCUACAUUUUUACCACCUAGUAAUGUCAACAUACCCGACGAGGUUGAUUGGAGAACUAAAGGUUACGUUAACCCGGUCAAGAAUCAAGGGCAAUGUGGAUCAUGUUGGGCAUUUAGCACAACUGGAGCUUUGGAAGGUCAAACAUUUCGAAAAACAGGAGUUCUUCCUGAUUUGAGUGAGCAAAAUUUAGUUGAUUGUACGCAAUCUUACGGAAAUGAGGCUUGUAAUGGUGGUUGGAUGGAUAAUGCGUUUAAAUAUAUAAGCGAUAAUAAAGGCAUUGACAGCGAAGCAGGAUAUCCGUAUUAUGCUAAGGCACUUGGGUAUUGUUACUACAAUCAGCAAUUCAAUGUAGCUUCUGAUACAGGUUUUGUUGACAUAGCCUCUGGAGACGAAGAUGCGCUUAAAGUAGCUGUUGCCACAGUUGGACCAAUAUCUGUUGCUAUAGAUGCCACAAAAGAUUCUUUCAUGAGAUAUCAGUCAGGUGUGUAUUACGAACCAACUUGUGGCAAUGGUCUAGAGAAUCUUGACCAUGCUGUUUUAGUUGUUGGUUAUGGUACUGAAGACGGUCGCGAUUUUUGGCUUGUAAAAAACAGUUGGGACAUAACCUGGGGAGAUCAAGGUUAUAUCAAAAUGUCAAGAAAUAUGUCAAACCAAUGUGGCAUUGCAACUAAAGCCAGUUACCCGUUAGUUUAAGUCUUCAAAAUACUAUAAUCUGUUAUAUAUAUUUGCACACAUUUAUAUAAAAUAAUUAUUAACAUUUGGAAAAAAUUGAAAAAAAAACAAAAAAAGACAAACAACGUUUAAAAUCAAAAACCAGCAUAUUUUUCUAUAAAGUCACGAAACAUUUAAUACAAAAAUUUAAAAAAAGUGUUAGAAGAUUGAUUCUAGAAAAAGAUUCCAGAACAAUUAUUUAUUGAUCUACGCUAAAUAAUGCUUCUUAUAUUAUUUUGUAAUAACAUUUUAUGUAAAAAAAAAAUGUUUAGUUACAAA